AUGGAGAAUAACAAUAUUGAUGAUGAUACUGUUACUAAUAAUAAUAAUAAUCAUAAUUCAGCUUCAGAUUAUGAUUGGAGAGAAAGGUCAUCAGAAUCAGCUUCAACUUCGUGUCAAUUCCCGCCAGGUUACCGAUUCAUGCCCACCGACCAAGAGCUCGUUUUAGAAUACUUGGCAAAGAAAGUCAACAAUCAGCCAAUUCCAGUUGCCGAGAUUAAUGAAGUUGAGCUCUACAAAUACAGUCCCGUUUACCUCUCUGGCGACCUCGCGACCUCACGACCUCACGUGACCUCACAACCUCAGGCGACCGCACGACCUCACGGGACCUCAUGGAUCUGCCACUUUCGGUUGCCUUUUAUAAACUUGUUCUCGGUCAAUUACAACUUGGGGGAUUUAUGCUUCCGUGGAACUUCAAUUGAGGACCUUUGUUUGGAUUUCUCCAUCCCAGGCUACCCUGAGUAUAUCCUGAAACCGGGCAGUGAGAAUGUGGAUAUAAGUAAUUUGGGAGAUUAUGUUUUCUUUGUGGUAGAUGCUACUGUAGUAACUGGAAUCUUGCGGCAAAAAGAAAUUGUGAAGAUUUAUAAUUCUCUGGUGUUUGACAUUGCAAGUCUACAAAUAUUUUCUCCUGAUGAGUUCGACUACCUGUUGUGUGGCAGCAGAGAGUUAUGGAAGUCCCUGGUAGAUCACAUUAAGUUCGACCAUGGAUAUACUUCUAAGAGUCCUGCUAUACUCAAUCUUCUUGAGAUUAUUUGCGAGUUCACUCCCGAGCAACAACGUGCAUUCUGUCAAUUUGUGACUGGUGCCCCUCGGCUUCCACCAGGUGGUCUGGCUGUGCUCAAUCCCAAGUUGACUAUUGUUAGAAAGUUCGCAGCAAAUAAUGGUACUGGCCCGUCGGAAUCCGCUGAUGAUGAUUUACCAAGUUUGAUGACAUGUGCCAAUUAUUUGAAGUUCCACCAUAUUCAUCUAAGAAAGAGGGGUAAUUGCCUUUUGUUGAAAGAAAAAGAUGGUCCCCUUUCAUAUAUUCCGCUACGUGCCACCAUGCAUCAGAUUGUUGCAGAAGUGUCAGUGAGAGGAAUAUUUUUAAGCGGGGCAAAAUUCGAGGAUCUGUGUACGUCUAGCGGACUUUAUCCUCAACUUGGAGAUCAAGAGUGGUACUUUUUCACUCCACGCGAUAGAAAGUACCCAAACGGAAGUCGGCCCACGCGUUCGGUUAACGGAAUAGGGUAUUGGAAGACCACUGGUGCCGAUAAAUUAAUCAUGUGGAAAGGUGAACUUGUGGGAAGGAAGAAGGUUUUGGUUUUCUAUCAAGGCAAACCUAAAAGUGGAAACGAAAGAAAGAGCAAUUGGAUCAUGCAUGAGUACAAGCUUAAUGCUCCUUCCAAAAGCCCCGGUUCCAAUAACAUGAGGUUGGAUGAUUGGGUGUUGUGCCGAAUAUACGAAAAGAUAGAAAGGGCUCCGAAAAGAAAACCGAAAGAUGUAAACGAUGAGGAAGAAGAAGAAAAUGAAGACAACAACAGCAAUAACAACAUUAACAACGAGAGUAGCAACAAUAUUGUUGAACUCCCCAACAACAAUAUCUUUUGCGAAAGCCAAGAUCACAUGUUGAUGAUGGAUAAAUAUCAGCAGCCUUCUUCGUUUAUAAAUAAUCCAGCACUUAUUCCUAAUCCCACACCCAUUGAUGUUAGCUGUUUUUAUGGUCUGAAUAGUCUUUACUAUGAUCCUCAGUACCACCACCUCGUCAGUCAGCCACAGUUGAUGUGGAAUUCUCGAUGCCAGCUGCCAGAUUUUGAUUGGACCUUUGGAAGUAGGAAUAGUAAUAAUAAUAAUAAUAAUAAUCUACAGCCUUUUCCUUUUGAUGCCGAUGUCGAUGAUAGUUUCAGCAUCGAUGAUUACUUGAGAGCGGCCGCGGAAGAGGGCACUUCGGAUGAUCAAAAAUUGGGGUCUAAGAGAAAGAAAAAU